GCGGACGGGGAACGUCAAAUUUAUGUCGUAAUAUUGAUUGUGCAAUGAAUCUGUGUUUAUUUGAUGAUAUUAUUGAAUUGUCAUACUUGUCGAAACCUUGGAGAAAUAAAAACGAUAAUGUGUUGAAUUAAAAUAAAAACGUGCACCUUGAUGUUUAAUUUUUUCAAUAUUUUACGAAAAGGAACUAUAGUUUUGGUAUACAUUUACUUAUCGAGUCAAUUAUAACGAAUAAAUUGUAAUUAUGGUGGAGAACGGUGGUUCCAGCGGUGGAAGCGAGAGUCCUAAUGCAACAUGUGCCCGGUCAGGGUUGCUGGAGACAUUAGUACGUGGUGUUUGGUACCGGGUGCAUUGUUCUCUCGAAGAUGAUUACCUGAGCGUAUCGUUAGACGAUGGGUACGAUGCUACCACAACUUUAAAUGGAACAUUGAAUAACAAUAACGUAGAAACACCAAAUAGUGACUUCACAGAGGUGCCUGAAGCUAUUGCCAAUCAGAAACGCCUGGUGCAAGUUGUGAAAUCAGACAAUAAUGGUUUAGGUAUAUCUAUAAAAGGAGGGAUAGAAAAUAAUAUGCCUAUAUUAAUAUCAAAAAUUUUUAAAGGCAUGGCCGCAGAUCUUACAGAGCAGUUAUAUGUUGGUGAUGCUAUUCUUUCUGUAAAUGGUGAGGAUUUAAAAGAUGCAACACAUGAAGAAGCUGUGAAAGCAUUAAAAAGAGCAGGAAAAAUGGUGCAGUUAGAAGUGAAAUAUCUUCGUGAAGUGACACCAUAUUUCCGCAAGGCGUCUAUCAUUAGCGAGGUGGGCUGGGAGCUGCAGCGUGGUUACAUGGCUGAGGCACCCCCUUCUCCGCCAUCUCCAAGGAGACGGCGCGCCGACACCCGUUACGUACCAUUGCUGAUGGCAUGUGUGGCUAAGAAUCUUCGCCAUCAUGACCCAGAGGAGCGUAUAAUCGAGUUGUACUCGCCGGACGGGGUGCAUGCACUGGCAUUGCGCGCCGGGUGCGCCGGUGCGGCGGCGGGCUGGCACCGCGCGUUACACGCGGCUGCUCGCCGUGCUGCACGCGCCGCGCUUGCCCGUGCGCGUCCUCGCCUGCGUGCGCUGCUUGGUGACGUGCGGUAUGCUGGUUGGCUUGCGCGUAGACCGCCCCAGGAUAUCAUGGGAGCUUCAGGCGGAUCUGACAGUUCCGACGACUCGGAAGGUUGGGUGCCAACAUUCGUUGCUAUCACAGAUCGUGAAUUGAGGUUGUACGAGGCGGCGCCGUGGUCGGCGGAGGCGUGGUGCGCGCCCACUGAGAACUUCAACUUGGCGGCGACUCGGCUGGCGUGGUGGCGGCGCGGCGUGUCCGAGGAGGCGGAGGCUGGUGGCGGGGCUGGGGGCGGGUGCGGGGCGGCGGCGCUGGGCGUGCGCGCGGGCACUCCGGGCGGGCUGUGCGUGCGCGCGCUGCGGGCGGACACGCCGCACGACCUGGCCGCGGUGGCGGGCGCGCUGGUCGACGGCGCACACCACGCGGUCAGAGCCCAGCCCGAGUUCACUUUCCGAUGCCGGUACCGCGGCGCGUGCGCGCGGCUGUCGCUGGGGGCGGGCGGUGUGUGCGUGUGGGAGGCGGCGGGGUCGCUGGGACGGGGCGGGGCGCGCGCGCUGUACCGCCGCCCGCUGCACGCACUCCGCGCCUCCGCUGAUGACGACCGCACCGCGCUCUGGUUACACUUCGCAGACGAUGACACUCUUGAGUUGGAUAUGGAAGGUAGUCCAAAGCCGGCAGUGUUCAUACUACACAACCUGCUGUCAGCGCGAGUGCAUUCACUGCCGGGGGAGGAGGUCGCCAAUCCUCUAUAACAACAAGUAUAUACAUACCAAUACUUUUUAUACACGUAAUGUAUUCAAAAAUUCAAAUAACUACAGAUAAGAGUAGGUUUCCACUGUCAAUACGUUUGUAUUACAUAUUGUCGUCACUUUCAUUAACUUUGACAAAACAGACAACGAUAUGACAAUAUAAGCAUCACAGCAGUGAAGUUCUACGCUAAUACUAAUACAAGAGCGAGUUAAAAAGACAAAAAGAAUAAAACAUAAGUUUAAUAAUGAGAUCAGAAAUUUUACAUUGUUUCGUAUUUAGUUUGAUAUUAUUAGAAUAUAUAACAUCGUAUUACUAACUGAAUGAGUGAAUGAUUGAAUGAAAAUCUAAAGUCAUUUGGAUCGAUAUUUUUGACACCGAAUGUGUAAAAAAAAUAUUGUUAGAUGAAUGAUAGUUUGACAAUAAAGGUGAGGCUAGAAUUAACUGAAUGAC